AUGAUAUAUCAUUAUUUUAUUGUUUAGAUUUUUAUAAUUUUCUCUGUAUGUAUUUGUUAAUUUGAAUAAACAAAUACUUCAUAAAUUUUUCUUCUUUUAUUCAAAACCUCUGAUGGCCCACCCUAGAAUCAAUUAAUAAUCAACCACUGUCAUCAUGUUGUCAAUUAUACAAAUUAGGAGAAAUCUAGAAAAACUGUGUUGGAGUUUGGUAGUUCAUUAACUGAAAGUGAUAUUCAGUGAAGUAAAUGAAAUUGAUUUUUAUGGUAUGAGGAGAAUUAGCCAAGGCAUUUUGGAAAAAUUACGUUUUCAUACUUGGAAUCAAAGAAAUUAUGCUCCACGUAGAGCAAAAGAAUUUUACGCGGAAGGAAAAUCCGACAAAAUAUUCAAUCUCCUCAAAAAUCCCGAAACAAACUUACUUCUUGUACCAAAGUUUAUAACUGAAUUGGAUGCCUUAGGUUUAAAAGUUGACGAUCCUCGACUCUCGCAAAUGUUUAACCAAAUUGAGGAAUACAAGAAAAAUAACGAUUCGAAUUAUUACGAAGGCGUCAGCGCAGACACAUUCAGAGAAUUAACGAAGUCAAACAUCCAAUUGAUAACACGAGCUUUUGAAAGUGAGCUCGUUAUUUCCAAUUGGUUAGAUUUUCAGAAAGAAAUUGAGGAUUUAUUUGAAUUGUGCAGACGAAAUGAAGAAGGUGAGGUGGCAACCUACAUCCCCCAACUUGGGCAAGUGGAUCCAUCAAAUUGGGCUCUAAGUAUAUGUACGGUUGAUGGUCAGAGGUUCAGCUUAGGCAAUUUCAAAGAAUAUUUCACUAUACAAUCGGUUUCGAAACCAUUCACUUACGCAAUGGCCCUAGAUAACUUAGGGGAAAACGUCGUACACGAAUAUGUUGGUAAAGAACCAAGUGGGAGGAUGUUCAACGAGUUGAUUUUGAAUCACGAGAAAAAACCCCAUAAUCCCAUGAUAAAUCCAGGUGCUAUUGUUGUCUGUUCCCUCAUACAUUCCAUGGUGGACAAUUUUGGAGGAAAACCAAGUUUAGUGUUCGACAGGACCAAAACCGUCUUCGAUAAAUUAGCCGGAGGCCUCCAUGUUGGAUUCAAUACAUCAGUUUAUAUAUCUGAACAAGAAGCUGCCGACAGAAAUUAUGCCAUUGCUUUCUAUCUGAAAGAGCACAAAUGUUUUCCUCCAAAAUCGAGACUAGGAGACACUUUGAAAUUCUAUUUUAGGUGCUGUUCGCUAGAUGUUACAACAAGAAUUUUGGCACUGAUGGGAGCAACUCUUGCGAACUCUGGGGUUAAUCCUAUAACGUCAGAUCGAAUAUUCAAAGCAAACAGUGUUAAGGAUACUCUUUCUCUGAUGUACAGUUGCGGCAUGUAUGAUUAUUCUGGCGAAUUUGCAUUUGAAGUUGGACUUCCCGGAAAAUCAGGAGUUAGUGGCGCAAUGGUUAUUGCCAUUCCUGAUGUUAUGGGGAUAGGCCUAUGGUCUCCUAGAUUAGGACGUUUGGGGAACAGUAAACGAGGAAUUCAGUUCUGUAAAGAACUGGUCAAAAAGUAUCCUUUUCAUCAAUAUGACAAUCAGAGGGUCUACCCUGAUCAUGCAGAUAGAAGGAAAGUAAUAUCACAAACUGAUAAAACAAUUAUGACUACAUUUGAAAUACUGAGUGCUGCUGCUGGUGGGCAUCUGCAUAUUCUCAAGAAGUUUUUCCUGUAUGGAAUAAACUUAGAAAUGACGGAUUAUGACGGUAGAACACCGUUGCACCUGGCUGCCGUUGAGGGCCAUUUAGCAUGUGUUGAGUUCUUAGUGAAAAAUGCAAAAGUCAAGACAGAUCCAGUAGAUAGAUGGGGUCAAACACCACUAUUGGCAGCUCAGAAUAACAACCAGACCACGGUUGUAAGUUUUCUCAAGUCAUAUGAAACUACAGAAGAACAAAGUGAAACUAUAAAGAAGGACUCUGGAAAUUCUGCAAAGGAUAGUUCCCUAGAUGAGACAGAAUUCAAUCCGCUUGAAUUAGAUAAGAAAAGUGAAAAUGAUUUCAAUGAUCCAAAAAAGGGGGACAAUACCUGAUGAACUUAGAAUUGAUUUAAACAAAUAAAGAGGUGUUACCACU